GGAGGAAGUAAGUGAAAGCACCAUCGUCAUCGUGUGUUCAUUUAUAACACUCUCGUGACUCUUGCCCCUUUCAGCUUCCCAUUCCAUUUUUCGCCCUCCAUUUCUCCCCCCCACCCACACGAACGUCUCCGCCGCUUCUCUUUCCGCCGGACUUCAGCUCAGAUCUCCAAAUCUCCUUCCCCGGUGCAAUUGUAUAAAGGAGGAGAGCAGCUUUGGUUUCUUUGGAGAGACUUUUCAUGUCAUGAUCAUUGAUGUGAAGUCAACAAUGUCUCAGAGUAUGAGAAGAAAUAGGCUGUCCUUUAGCUCAAGCAAUGGAAAUGACGAAACUCCUUCGCGCAGCUCGUUUUCCAUUUCAAAUGGAGAUGAUUAUGAUAGUGACGGCUCCAACUUUGCACCUGCCACGCCAUCAACAUUGUCCAUGGCAGUCCCAGCUGAACUUGCUGGUGCUAUACCCUUGGUUGAUAAAUUUCAGGUGGAGGCAUUUUUAAAAAUGAUGCAGAAACAGAUCCAGUCCGGUGGAAAACGGAGCUUCUUCUCAAAAAAAGCUGUAGGUGUUCCAGUUCGAGAAAAGUUCACAUUUGAGGAUAUGUUGUGUUUCCAAAGGGAACCUAUUCCAACUUCGCUCCUUAAAAUCAAUGGUGACCUUGUGAGCCGAGCAACAAAAAUGUUCCAAGUAGUUCUAAAGUACAUGGGAAUUGAAUCUGAUCGUGUAUCUUCAGUAAGCUUGGAUGAACGAAUCGAGUUUGUUGGGAAACUAUACAAGCAUACUUUGAAGCGUGCAGAACUCCGUGAUGAACUUUUUACUCAAAUUUCAAAACAAACAAGAAAUAACCCUGAUAGGCAAAGCUUAAUUAAAGCCUGGGAGCUGAUGUAUUUAUGUGCAUCUUCCAUGCCUCCUGGCAAGGACAUUGGAGGAUAUUUAUCUGAGUACAUUCAUAAUGUAGCAAAUGGCACAAGCACUGAUUCUGAGGUCCAAACUCUUGCAUUAAAUACAUUGAAUGCUUUAAAACAUUCCGUUAAAGCUGGCCCUAGGGUUACAACACCAGGGCGUGAAGAGAUUGAAGCACUUCUAACCGGUCGAAAGCUAACAACAAUAGUUUUUUUCUUGGAUGAAACUUUUGAAGAAAUAACUUAUGACAUGGCAACUACAGUAUCAGAUGCUGUUGAGGAGCUUGCAGGUAUAAUCAAACUGUCAGCAUAUGCUAGCUUUAGCCUGUUUGAAUGUCGUAAAGUUGUGACUGGUUCUAAGUCACCCGAUCCUGGGAGUGAGGAGUACAUUGGGUUAGAAGACAAUAAAUAUAUAGGGGAUCUGCUAACAGAGUUUAAGGCAGCCAAGGACCGAAGUAAAGGAGAAAUUUUACACUGCAAACUUGUAUUAAAAAAGAAGUUAUUUCGGGAGUCAGAUGAUGCUGUAACAGAUCCAAUGUUUGUGCAGCUUUCUUAUGUUCAAUUGCAACAUGACUAUAUGUUGGGCAAUUAUCCAGUUGUAAGGGAUGAUGCUGCACAGCUAUCUGCAUUGCAGAUCUUGGUUGAGAUUGGAUUCGUUGUUUCCCCUGAAUUGUGCACUGAUUGGAAUUCACUACUAGAAAAAUUCCUUCCAAGACAAAUUGCAAUUACCCGAGCAAAGCGAGAAUGGGAGCUAGAUAUUCUCUCUCGUUACCGGUUAAUGGAACAUUUGACGAAAGAUGAUGCAAGACAGCAAUUUCUACGGAUACUGAGGAUGCUUCCAUAUGGGAAUUCGGUUUUCUUUAGUGUUCGCAAAAUUGAUGAUCCGAUUGGACUUUUGCCUGGAAAAAUCAUUUUGGGUAUCAAUAAGCGAGGGGUUCACUUUUUUCGGCCAGUUCCAAAGGAAUACUUGCAUUCUGCUGAAUUAAGAGAUAUAAUGCAGUUUGGUAGUAGCAAUGCUGCUGUCUUUUUCAAGAUGCGAGUGGCAGGUGUUCUUCACAUAUUUCAGUUUGAAACUAAACAGGGAGAAGAAAUUUGUGUUGCUCUUCAAACACAUAUAAAUGAUGUCAUGUUGCGUCGAUACUCAAAAGCUCGAUCUGCUGCUAAUGGCUCAGUGAAUGGAGAUCUUUCUAACAGUUUUAAGCCUCCUAGCAUAGAAGUGUAUGAGAAACGUUUGCAGGAUUUAUCUAAAGCUGUUGAAGAAUCCCAGAAGAAAAUUAAUCAAUUAUUGGGAGAAUUGAAUGAUAAGCAAAAGCAAGAGGUGCAAACACAAGAAGAAUUGGAGAGCUUGAAAGAUUCAUUGAGACUGGAAAAAGAAAACUUAGCACAAGUUACCAGUGAUUGUGAUAGAUUCAAAUCACUGUGUGGAGAAAAUGAUAUUGCUCUUCAAGCUGCAAUAAGGGAGAAGAGAAACAUGGAAGCUAGGUUGGCUAGUUUAAGCAAUCUGGCAUCAGGGAACAAUGCCAUGGAUCUAGUUGGAACAAGUAAUCAGGCAUUAAAAAAGGUCCAGGAAGAGUUAAAGCUCCGAACUGGAGAGUUGCGUGCAGCAGAAGAAAAGGCAAAAAGAUUAAUAAAUGAAAAGGUUAUAUUGGAAGAGAGGAUUUCUACACUGGAAAAGAAGAAAACUAAUGAGGUAGAAAUUCUUGAGAGGCGCUUUGAGCCGGAACGCAGAGCCUUAAAGCUUCAAGUUUCUGAACUUGAAACAAAGUUCGAAGCUGUUAAAAAAGAUUUGGCUGAUGCAGAAUCAAGUCUUGCAGUUAAAAAUGCAGAAUUGGCUGAAUUGCAAACUAAUUUAAAGGAAUUGGAGGAACUGAGAGAAAUGAAAGAGGAUAUUGACAGAAAGAAUGAGCAAACUGCUGCUAUCUUGAAGAUGCAAGGGACUCAACUUGCUGAGUUGGAAGCACUUUACAAGGAAGAACAAGUUUUAAGAAAGCGCUAUUUCAAUACUAUAGAAGAUAUGAAAGGCAAGAUCAGAGUUUUCUGUCGUUUGAGACCUUUAAUUGAGAAAGAGGAAGCUGAAAAGCAAAGACAGUCACUGUCAAGCUUGGAUGAGUUCACAGUUGAACAUCCAUGGAAGGAUGAUAAAGCUAAACAAUAUGUAUAUGAUCGUGUAUUUGAUGUCAAUGCCACUCAAGAAGAUGUUUUUGAGGAUACAAAGUACUUGGUUCAAUCUGCUGUUGAUGGGUAUAAUGUCUGUAUAUUUGCUUAUGGUCAAACUGGCUCUGGAAAAACUUUUACAAUAUAUGGAUCGGAUGGUAAUCCUGGAUUGACACCUCGAGCUACUGCAGAGCUCUUCAAAAUUUUAAAGCGAGAUAGCAACAAAUUCUCAUUUUCACUGAAGGCAUAUAUGGUGGAGAUAUAUCAGGACACAAUUAUGGACCUUUUAUUACCAAAGAAUGCAAAGCGUCUUAAACUAGAUAUAAAGAAAGAUUCAAAGGGCAUGGUAACAGUUGAAAAUGUCACAGUUAUUCCCAUUUCUAAAUAUGAGGAGCUAAAAAACAUUAUUCAAAGAGGAUCUGAACAACGACAUACUUCUGGAACUCAAAUGAAUGAACAAAGUUCAAGAUCUCAUCUAAUAGUUUCUGUUGUUAUCGAGAGUACCAACCUACAGACACAAUCUGUCGCAAGGGGAAAGUUAAGUUUUGUGGACCUUGCUGGUUCAGAAAGAAUAAAGAAAUCAGGUUCCACUGGUGAUCAACUUAAAGAAGCUCAAAGCAUCAACAAGUCACUUUCAGCUCUCGGAGAUGUCAUAAGUGCUUUAUCUUCUGGCAAUCAACACAUUCCUUACAGGAAUCACAAGUUAACGAUGCUAAUGAGCGAUUCACUCGGUGGAAAUGCCAAAACUCUUAUGUUUGUGAACGUAUCCCCAGCUGAAUCAAAUUUGGAUGAGACAUGCAAUUCUCUCACAUAUGCAUCAAGGGUCCGGUCAAUAGUGAAUGAUCCUAGCAAAAACGUUUCCUCAAAAGAGGUAGUUCGGUUGAAAAAGCUGGUCGCAUACUGGAAGGAGCAAGCUGGUAAGAAGGGCGACGAUGAAGAUCUUGAAGAGAUUAAAGAAGAGCGGCCAACGAAAGACAAGACAGACAGUCGAUAGACUCGAUACUCAAUGUAGAGUUCAUGUCAUGAAAACUGAGACCAGAAAUUCUCUGCCUGAAAGCACUGGUAGGUCAUGCAAAUUGUUGGAUGGGGUGACAGCAUUAAAUCAGAAAGGGUGUUUGACUGCCAUAAUUUUGGUAAGCACGUCUAACAGUGUCUUGAGUUAGGUAGGAUGAAAUGAGCCACGAUUAGCUUGACUAAAAGAUCAAAGUUGUACAGUAUGAGUUAUUUGUAUAUAUUGUUACUGUUUUAUUCAAUCCAUAUUAAUGUGAUUUUAUU